AUUCUGCGCAUGCUCGAUCUUUUCCAGCGAGAAGCGGCCAUGAGUAUGCUCAGGCUUCAAAAGAGACUGGCCUCCAGCGUUUUGCGCUGCGGCAAGAAGAAGGUAUGGCUGGAUCCCAAUGAAACAAAUGAAAUUGCCAAUGCUAAUUCCCGCCAACAGAUCAGAAAAUUAGUUAAAGAUGGUUUGAUUAUCCGCAAGCCUGUGACGGUACACUCGCGUGCUCGAUGCAGGAAGAACACCCUUGCGCGCAGGAAGGGCCGGCACAUGGGCAUUGGUAAGAGAAAGGGUACAGCUAAUGCCCGCAUGCCAGAGAAACUGGCCUGGAUGAGGAGAAUGAGAAUUCUGAGGCGUCUGCUUCGCAGAUACAGGGAGUCUAAGAAGAUCGAUCGCCACAUGUACCACAGCCUGUAUCUGAAGGUGAAGGGUAAUGUGUUCAAGAAUAAACGUAUCUUAAUGGAGCACAUCCACAAACUGAAGGCAGACAAGGCUCGCAAGAAGCUACUAGCUGACCAGGCUGAAGCUCGCAGAACCAGGACCAAGGAAGCUCGUAAGCGACGUGAAGAACGUCUGCAGGCCAAGAAGGAAGAGAUCAUUAAGACUCUCUCCAAGGAAGAAGAGUCUAAAAAAUAAACUCUUUCUCUCUUGUACAGACUUGCAAACUAAUUAAAAAUUGCUCGUUA